UGGAGGCCGCGACCUUACAUCGUACUAUCUAAAAUCAAUAUUUACUCCCUUUUUCAACUUUAUCAUCGAAAUGACAAUGUUUUGCGCAUGCCCAGGCAUCGUAACAAAGGUUAAAUUUGCUUGCCUAGCUAGCGCCUGGGCUCGGCAGACAUCUCGCAACAUUACAGUUGACACAGUGUAUUUGGACUUUGCCCGAUCCACCGGUAUCUCAUCAUAAAUACUCUCGGACGUCUACUGAGUUGUGUUCCAGCCGUGUCCAGCGGCCUGCGAGUUUGCACACCAUAUACACCACACACGGACUAGUCUUUCAAAGAGUCUUUGAUGCUGGAGGUAUAAUGUCUCAAAUGAGCGGUCCUCAGGGGAACAUGUCCACAUCGGCAGAGGAAGAGGCAGACCCUCAGAACUGUUACCAUGACGAGAUGGUGAAGCUAGUUGAGAAUGGAGGAGCCCUCAUCAUUGAAGUCAGAAGAGCUGAUGAGGUAGAGGCAGCAGGAAUGAUGAAAAAUGCUUGUCAUAUUCCUAUGGAUGAGCUGAAGGAAGCCUUGGGUUUACCUGAAGAUCAACUCAAAGAGAAGUAUGGUUUGGAGAAACCAAAGCCUGAUGGAUCUAAUGUCGUCUUCACCUGUCGCAGUGGAAGGCGCAGUCUGAUAGUAUUGGAGAUGGCAAAAAAAGAAUUUGGAUACACCAAAGCCAGGCAUUAUCCAGGUGGCUGGAACAGCUGGGUUGAGAAAAAUAACCUCUGAAUUAAAUAUGAGUCUGUCCAGAAAGUUGGGGCACUUUUUGUGACAUACCAGAAGUGAGAAACUAUGUCUCCUAUCAACUGUAACUAUGUUUGCUCAAAUUGAGUUUUGCAUAAAAAGCGUUGCCAACUAUAUUCAGCUUCAUGGUUAAUCAAUAUUAUGGACCCAACGUUUAUGUAAUGUUAAAUGAAUAUGGU